CUACACCGCCUUCAUGUUUGUAGACAAAUGAACGAGGGAUGAAAAGAAGGAGACGGAGGAAGAGAGAGGAAGAGGGGUUUCAUCGCCGUCCUGUGUGCCUGUAUAAAGUCGCAGACGUGCCCACCGCGCCGCUCCCAUUGGCCGCCGCAGCGUCGCUCUCCCAACAGCUGUUCUGUGUUUUCCCACAAGGCGAUUGGCCGCGGCGGCGCGUCCGUCACUUUGGGCUUUGACGCGAGGCCCCGCCCCCGCGGCUCUCCGACGCCGCCCGCCAUUGGCUACUGUACGCCGUCGUCGCGCCGCGAUUGGCCGCGCGCGCUGGUUGUCAAGGCGUCGCGAGCUCCAUUCACCAUUUUGCGACUGUAGUGUAGAAAUAUAACAGGGGCAGUAGUUUUUUUUUUUUUGGUUUCUUCUCCAAAACCUCCCUUUUCCUUCCAAGUCGCUCUCGUCGCCGGAGAAACAUGAACGACCGCCCGCCGGCAGCUGCGGACGCGCGGCCGCCCUGCCCCGUUUGACCCGGCGGACUCCACCGGAGGAAGGGAAGUGGCGGUGGGGAACUGUAAUAGCUCCGGGUGAGUACAAGCGUUUGCCCACAAAUCUCUCCCCCUGCAGCACUGCGGUGGCGGCUCGCUGUGCCGGAGCUGCUCGGAAGGAGAAGAAAAAAAAAAACGGGUGCUCGUGUUCCCCCGUGUCGAGGCGAGUCGAGCGCGAUCGGCGGCGGGUCGGUUCCUCUCGGUGUCCGACGUGUGGCCCGCGGAGACGAGCGGCGGCGGAUCGAGUGUCUCCUGCUGCGAGCGAAGAAGAAGAAGAAGAAGUAGAAGAAGAAGAAGAAGAAGAAGAAGGGAGCGGUGCAGCGAGACAUAGGGCCUUCUCCCCGGUGACCGUAGUUUGUUGCCCACUUCCCACUAUUGCUCUGCCAUCGUGCACAACGGCGACGAAGAAGCGACUGUCACUUUCGGAUGGGCCCGAAAAAACCCAGCGAGUCUCUGGAAUAAAGUGGACAAGUGCCCAAGUCGCGCAGCGAAGACGGGACACGAUGAGAGAGAGAGGUCUCGGCAGACGAGGAAAAUAAAGAGAAAGGAAAGGAGGGGAACGGAGCAAAAAAAGAAAAAGAGAGGGGCGCCAAGAAGAUUCUCUGGAAUAAAUAAAUAAAAAGACUUGUUUGGAGUAAAAGGCGAGCUAGAUGAAAAGAUGAAGCCGAUUAAAAAGCAGGUCCGACGCUCUCCUCCCUCUACCCGGGCCAAAGGGGGGAAGCGUCGCGGAGUGGGGGAUGUCCCAGAAGGAGGGGACAAGAGAGACUCCGAUGAGAACAGAGAUAGAAGCAGAUCCCCACAAAACCAAACUCCCUCCUCUUCUUUCUCUUCUAAUUCAAACUCAGAGACCUCACUUGCAGAACCAAUCAGAGAACGGGAAACUGCGGAGGGGGAGGGACUUCACAGAGGGGGGCUAUCAGAGACGACGACGACGACAUCGCUUGUGAUGGAUUCUGAGAAAACGCUGACGCCCUCGGACGAUAAAUCUGGGAAGUCGACUGUGAGCGGCAGCAGCCAAAGCGACAGUGGUGCUAGCAGUUGUAGUAACAGUAGUACGCCGAGCGCCAGCAACAGCCCGAAUCCCGCCUCCAGCCGAAAAACAGCCACUUUCAAGGCCCGUGUUCCCAAAAAGAAGUACACCUCUGAACACUGCUUGUCUGCUACUUCCAGUAACCAUAGCAACCCUGCCUCCAGCACGCCCCCUCCUCCUCCUCUGAGCUGCGGAGCCCUCAACCACGGGUCGACGAGUUCCGGAAGUGAAAUCGGCAUCUCGCACCCCGACGGCAGCGGGCAGAGUAGGAGCCUGAUGGACGACUUCUACGGCAAGGCUGCCGGCAGGGAGUGCACUCAGGACCACUCCCCGGGACCCCCCACUCUGUCGCUGGGAGUGGAGAGGGAAAGGCCCGGAGGAGGUGAAGGGGUGAGAGAUGCGGAGCGAUUGUCGCCCCCCCUGCCCCGCUGCUCCUCAACAGACACCGCCAGUGAGCACUCGGCUGACCUGGAGGUGGCCGGCGACGCACACGCCCUUGCACAGAUGUCUGCGCAUGCACCAUCCAGUCUCCCCGAUGCUCUGUCAGACGCCCUGGCCAAGGGGCUGAAGAAUCAACGUGUCCUCGCCCGUUUGCUCAGGAGAAGAAGUGACGAGGUGGGAGGGGGCGAGAGGAGGGACGAAGCGGGGAGUUCAGACUUGGUAUUCCGGGCUGGAGUUGUCCGUAAGGUCAGUGGUGAAUUUGGACGCCUGGAGGUGCAACUGAAUGGGGAAAAGAUGAUGUGUCGAUAUCCGUAUCGACAUGAUAGUCCCCCGGGCGUGGUGGACAUUAUCCUAGAUGCCGCACCGCCCGGUGUCCACGCGAUACCUGUCGGCACCCGUGUCUGUGUACCGUUUGGCAACGAGGAGGGCACUGAAGGUCAGUGGCAAUGGUACAGAGAAGGUGUUGUGACCGAGGUAGACACGCACCCUGCUGUGGCCAAUCGCUACCGUGUCCUGCUGUCCGAGGAAAGAACUCACUCUGUGGACGAAGAAGAAGGCAGAGGGUCGGCUGGCGGCACCCAGGCAGUGUGGGUCUCCCGACAAACACUCCGUCUCCUGGUUCCGCCCUGGGACCUGGAUUUGCCGUCUGGAGGAGGACGAGAUGAAGAAGACAGGGUCAGGGAAAAGGAAAUGGAGCAGGAUGACAGGGAGGAGGUGGACGUGGAGCAGGAAGUGUGUCGUCUGAGUCGGGGGAUGGCUCCAGGAGUGGGGCCAGCGUUGACAGGGAUACCCUACCCUGGCAUUGUCCCCGUUUCGUCCACAUCAGGCCACAGUAUUACCUCCCCGGUAACUCAAGCGUCAGUCCUCAGCCUGGCUCCUGGCCGAGAGUGGGAGAUGGAGAAAGACUUGGAGAGAGAGAGGGACCUCCAGAUAAAGCAGGAGAUGGAACGAGAGAGGGAGAAUGUUCAACAGCAGCAGCAGCAGCAGCAGCAGCACCACCACAUGUACAUGCCACUUACCCCUGAAGAAGACAUGGAGGUGUCCCACUUUAACAUGGUCCCAAUGGGGGCGAUCAUAUCCGGGGCCAAACCAAUGGCACUUUCCCAACACCGCCACAUUGUCUCUAAGCCCCCGCCUGGCUACCUCAACCCCCACCUGUCUGUGGUGCGGGGCAUCGGAAUCCCCUCUGCCCACCUGGCGUUGAACCCCCACCCCCCUCCUUCACCAGUCCUGUUGGGCCUUGACCCAGCAACCGCAGCAGCUGCAGCAGCUGCAGCAGCUGGUGCUAUCAUCACCACCAACCAGCUCCCGCCCCUCCCUUCCAUCUCCACUUCCACCGCGUCCUCCUCCAGAGUAGAGAAGGCCUCAGGAGGAGGUUCUAAUGGCGGAGGAGCAGGUGGUGGAUCCGGAUCAGGUUCCACCUCCUCCUCCUCCUCACGUUCCCGCACCCCGCUCACAGCUGCCCAGCAAAAGUACAAGAAGGGAGACGUGGUGUGCACGCCAACUGGCAUCCGUAAGAAGUUCAAUGGGAAGCAGUGGAGGAGACUGUGCUCGCGGGAGGGCUGCUCUAAAGAGUCCCAGCGCCGAGGAUACUGCUCCAGACACCUCUCAAUGAGGACCAAGGAGAUGGAAGCUAGUGGAGGUAGCCGGGAACGGGGUGGAGCCAGCAGCACAGGGACUCUUACGCCAUCUGACCUCCGAAUGAGUGGUGGGAGAGCCAGCUCAGAGUUCGACUGGGAUGAGACUUCGCGGGAAAGCAGCGAGGCCAGCAGCCGAGGAGGAGACUCUCGUCCACGCCUGGUCCUUCCUUCUUUGCUCCCCCAGGACCUCUCUCGUUUCGACUUUGAUGAGUGUGAGGCAGCGACCAUGUUGGUCUCCCUGGGGGGCUCCCGCUCAGGCACACCCUCAUUCUCCCCCAUCUCUAACCAGUCACCCUUCUCCCCUACCCCAUCGCCUUCACCUUCUCCGCUCUUUGGCUUUCGCCCCGCCAAUUUCAGCCCAAUUACUGCCCCUUCGUCACUUACUCCGCGCCGCCAUCGCCAGCUUAGCGGCACCAAGGUGGGCACGCCAGGUGCUGAGCGAGAGCGGCAUCUGUCGGGGAUCGUGCCCACUUUUCAGACCAACCUAACUUUUACAGUCCCAAUGAGCCCCAGCAAGAGAAAGCUCGACACCCACCCGCCCCCUCCACUGCCUACAGUCCAAGACUACCAGACCAAACCGGAGCAACACCACCUAGUGGGUAUAGCGGGAGGGAUGGUGGGAGAUCCAUCGCUGGUCCACAGCACUGCAGCCUUCAGAGUCCUCUCCCCCCUUAGUCAACCGACAACUCCCUCCUCACUCUCCUUCCCGCGGUCCCGGAGUGCCACCAGCAGGCCGCCAUCCUCCGCUGCCUCCACGCCUCCACCCAUGCUGGUCUCUCCCACUCCUCCCUCACCGCUGCCCCAGGAGCCCUCACCACGCCGCAUUGUCCCCCUCCGUGACUCCCCAGUCAUUGUCCGCAACCCGGACGUCCCCUUGGCCAAGUUCUCCGAUGGACCGUUAGGAAGGAGAGAGAGAAGCAGAUCCAGGGAGCACAGCCAGCCCCAGCACACGGCUCCCCCCGGCCUGCAGGCCCCCGUGCCCAUCAACGGGGCCACCACAAACGGAGCAGUUCUCCUGCGCAGCCCCACAUCCACACUUGUUCUGGUCACAUCCAGCUCAUCCCUGACUCCAGCCACAGUGGGCCACACGUCCCUGUCCAGCCCCUCCAACCCCGGUUCCAUGUCCACGUCGUCGGGCUCACUCCUGUCCUCCUCUGGCUCCGGGGGCAGGGAGAGGGAGAGGAAACCCGAGGGACACCAGGACACCUCCGGAGGGGCACUGCCACAGCCGGUGGCCUGCCACCCCACGCCCACCGCCCUGCUGCCACUCAUACUGCCAGCUGAGUCGCCUCACCCUGCUCCACGCAAGCAAAUCAUCAUGGGACGCCCGGGGACCGUUUGGACCAACGUGGAGCCUCGGUCAGUGCCAGUGUUCCCUUGGCAUUCGCUCGUCCCUUUCCUGGAGCCCAGCCAAUCAGGAGCGGCUGCCCAGCCUGCAGACGGCCAGCAGCUUGUCAAUCAGAGCAAAGAGCCUCGUUGUGGUGUUGCCCUAGUGAGUGACGGGCGCAUCGGCCCUCCAGACCUGGAGCGGGGGUCGCCGUCCUGCCCUCCGCCCACCAAUGACAAUCCUCCUGCAGACAGAGGCGGGGCGGACAGCGAGACGGAGAGCGACACCGAUGACCCGUUCUCCCCGGGCGUGGCCAACAAUGCAGCGCCCUCCACCGGCCCAAUCAAGAGACGCACACAGUCCCUCAGCGCCCUGCCCAGGGACGGAGACAGGAAGAGGGAGAAGGACCACAUCCGUCGGCCCAUGAACGCCUUCAUGAUCUUCAGCAAACGCCACCGGGGCCUGGUGCACCAGCGACAUCCCAACCAGGACAACCGGACGGUCAGCAAGAUCCUGGGCGAGUGGUGGUACGCGCUGGGGCCCAACGAGAAGCAGCAGUACCACGAUCUGGCCUUCCAGGUGAAGGAGGCCCACUUCAGAGCCCAUCCAGACUGGAAGUGGUGCAACAAGGACCGCAGGAAGUCGCUGUCUGAAGGCCGCGGGACCCCGAAGGACCUGCGGGAGAGGAGCAUGUCUGAGAGCAUAGCAGAUCCCCCUCUGGAGUCCCAGACGAUGGAGGGGAAGGGAGGAGGAGCAGGAGGAGGAGGCUCGGGCUGGCCGGGGGGAUCGGAGCGUCGAGGGGGGCUGUUCGUGGGGCAGCAACCCCGUCCCAGAGCAUUUUCCCAGAGUGCCGUGCACACCCUUGAGCAGAGGGAGCGAGACAUGGACAAGGAGGACGGUGCGGGUUUGUUUCGCAGCCGGGCCCAACCUCAGUCCCUGUACCAUGGCACCGCCAGCGAGGACAUGACCAGUGACGAAGAGCGCAUGGUCAUCUGCGAGGAAGAGGGGGACGACGACGUCAUGGAGGAUUCGUGUCCCGAAGGCUCCAUCGACCUCAAAUGUAAGGAGAGAGUGACGGACAGUGACGAGGAUGAGCCGGAUGGACAGCAUGGCUUCCAGCCAGUGGCCUGCUCCUCCUCCCCCUCCGCCGCUCACUCCGACUCCACCUCGUCUAAAGGGAACGGCGCGGGAGGAGGUGGAGGCGCUGACGAUGGGUCUGAAAGAAAGAGACGGGGAGAGGAGGGGAGCGAGGGAGGACCCAACAGAGAGGAGACAGCAGCAGGUGGAGGAGGAGAAGGAGGUGGGCAGGUGGUGGGUGCCUCCUCUCUGACCAUCGCAAGCUUGACGUCCAGCGCCCAGCCUCCCCUCACUCUGGCCCAGCAGGGUCUGACCCAGGUCUUCGGCGCCGUCCGCGUGGCUUCCACUGUGGUGACCAACGUGGUACGAACCAUCGCCAGCACGCCCAUCCCCAUCGCCAGCAGGGCAGUGGAGGGAGCCGUCCCCCUCGGCGCCCUAACCCAGGACAAGAUGGCCACUCUCCUGAUUGGAGGAGGAGGUGGACCUCAGCAGCUGCCGAUCACCGCAGGGGGUGGGUACCUGUCCUCGUCUCCUGGUCCUGUCAGUGUAGCCCCUGUGGGGGGCAGCAGCCUGGUCACCGGCCUAGUUCUGGGAGGGUCCUUCCCUGCUGCCCACCCACUGCAGGUCCUCACGCCGCAACCCCCACAGAUCCCCCUCCCCGUCCUGCAGGCCCAGCUCCACCCCAACGCAACCAUCUCCUGUCUCACACCUCCCUCUGGCCUCCAGUACAUCCUGCCCACUGAGAGCCCCUCCCGCCCUAAACGCACCCCGCAGCAAAUCCUCGCCCUGCCCACCAAUGCCACCCUGGCCAAUGGCGUGCACACGGGGGCGGCAAUCAGAGUCCAAACCCAGUCGCUGGUUCCCAUGGCAACAGUGAGAACAGGGUCUACUCCUCCUCAUCCUUCCAUUUCCCUGGUGGCUCCUCCCCUUCCUGUGCAGAACGGCGCGGCGACAGGAAACAAGAUCAUCCAGAUCGCUCCCAUGCCCGUGGUCCAGACCAGCGUUUAUCCGAGCGGCACGGCAACAGUGCAUCCUGGGAGCCCCUUUCCUGUUUCCAUGGCAACGGUGGUGGCUCCUGGUGCUGCGCCCCCACAGACCGUUCUCCUGACCUCCCCACCCACCAGGAUCACCUACGUCCAGUCUGGCCCAGGAGUUACCACAGCGACGCCCCAACAGCCCACACCUCCAGCUCCAGGUGGCCCUGCAUAUCUCCCAUCACCUUUGGCAGCUCUGGGCUUCACUGCCAUCGCUCCGGGCGGACAGACCCUCGUUCAAUCAAUCGUCGGCCAGUCACCGCUGCUGACCCCGACCCUGGCUCCGCCCCUGAGCUGUCAGUCACAGAUUCCCCCGGGCCCGACCGCAGCCACUGCCGGUCGUCAGGUACUUACUGCCAUCUACACUGCACCGACGGUUGCGCUGGCCACCGACGUGGUCUCCGUGACAACCUUGCCGUCUGCCGUGGGGGCUUCUGCAGCCCAGGAUGUCGCAAACCCCUCCUCUCCGUUGGCAACAGGGGGGAUGCAGGGUUCGGCGGGGGCUUCCCCUCAUCCUGGCAUGGGGGUGAAGGUGGAGCCAAAGGUGGAGGUGAAGAGGGAGAAGAUGGACGCUCAGACGGAGGACGGAGGGCAGGGGACGUCAGUGGCCGCCUACACAUUCAAUGUCGCAUCAGUAAAAAAAGAGGAGGACGUCAUCGGUCUGCACAUCAAAGAGGAGUAUCUGAGAGACGGCUACGGCAGGGAAAGAGGAAGUGAGGUGGAGGCCGAGCGCGAGAGAGGGAUGAUGGAGAGCAGUGAGAGGAAGAGAGGAAGAGACACGGACAGAGAGGACAGCAGCAGCAGAGAGGCUGGACCUCGUUCUCCUCCUCCACCACCCUCAGGUUUGGACCGUCCUCCCCCUCCCGCCGCAGAACGAGAGCCCCCCUCCUCCUCCUCCUCCUCCAAGAGGACCAAGUUUCGACCCCCGCCGCUCAAGAAGACGCCCGACUCGCUUGACAAGGUCUUGUCCGAGACGUACUUCGAGGAGCGCUUCGCCGAACUCCCAGAGUUCAAUCCAGAGGAGGUGCUUCCCUCGCCCACCCUGCAGAGUCUGGCCACUUCGCCCAGAGCAAUCCUGGGGAGCUACCGCAGGAAGAGACGCAACUCCACCGAUCUGGAGCCGACGGCAGAGGAACCCAGCUCGCCGAGGAGGAAGACUCAACGUCUGUCCAGCUGCAGCUCGGAGCCCAACACCCCCAAGAGCGCCGCCAAGUGCGAGGGCGACAUCUUUACGUUCGACAGAGCAGGCACAGAGGGAGAGGACCUUUUGGGAGACCUCGACAGGGUCCCCUACUCGUCCCUGCGCAGGACCCUGGAUCAGCGGCGAGCUCUGGUCAUGCAGCUGUUUCAGGAACACGGAUUCUUUCCGUCAGCUCAGGCCACCGCCGCCUUCCAGGCACGCUACCCGGACACGUUCCCCACCAAGGUGUGUCUGCAGCUGAAGAUCCGCGAAGUCCGUCAGAAGAUCAUGCAGACGGCAACGCCCGGGUCCCUCGAGCCCGGGGGGCCCGCCGGCGGCAGCGAAGUCCACCCCGCCCCGUCCCACAGCUCCUCUUUCAAUCAAUCAGCCCGGGAGGACGGAGGGGCGGAGCAACAGGGAGACCGAAGCCGGAGCCCCGAGGAGCCGAAGAGCGAAGGAUCGUAAGCUGGAGAGGAUGGCGAGGCGGAAAAAAAAUCAAAGAGAAGAAGAAGGAGAGGAGAGAACGAGAGAGAGAGAGAGAGAGAGGAGUGUCGUCCCCGCAGAAUGUUCUUGUACAUUGAACCAGUACGAAGGAUGGCUUCACCUCCAACUCCACCAGACCUGGGCACAAAUACAUUUGAUCGUCACAAAUAUUCAAACUACUCAAGGUGCGCUUGAUUUGACUAAUCAGACACAAAAAAGAAAAAGCCUCAAAAGUGGAUAAAUCACACGAACGUCCUGAUGAGUUGAGUUCUUCUUGUCAUGGUUUAGUGUAGUUUUCCCUUUUUUUUAUCCAGAAUAUUUCCAGUCGACACGUUGCCCAGGUCUGCUCUCAGCACAUUUGUACAGUAGUUUGUAGUUUGACACACAAACUCUGUGGUACACACUCUCUGUCUCUCUGGGCGCACACACACAAACCCUGAUAAUCUCCAGCAUGUACACACACACACACACACACCCACACCCACACACACACACACACACCCACACACACACACACCCUUACCAAAUCAGACUGUUACUCUUGGUUGUGCGAUUCCCCAGGAGCCGCCGCCACCAAGGACACAUGAUACACACACACACACAAAGGCACUUUGUCACUUGUUGUGCAGAUGCAGUUUGCUGUCGCCAGCCAGCCAGCCAGCCCUCAGAUGCCAUUGACUUGACCUCCGUCUCUGCCCCGUCCACUCCUCAGCACAGUGGUCCGGGACGCAAACACAACCCCAUGACCUCCACUGGUAUUCCACAGCCCCUCGAUGCUGCAAGACAAGACAGCACACACGUACACGUGCAGUACAUACACACACACACACACACACACACACACACACACACACACACACACACACACACACACACACACACACACACACACACACAUACAUACGCAGUGCAUGGACACACCUGUGCAGUGUAAAGCACUCGUACACAAACACAGUCGACCCCCCGGGUCUGACCAAGCCAUUGGCCUGCACAGAUGAUUAUUUUUGUGAUUGUAGUGAGAAGAGAAACUGAAAGCAUGAAAUCUGUUGGCUCCUGUGAAACGAAAAAGAGAGAGAGAGAGACGGCAGGAGUUGGGAUGUAGUGUGACCAAUCUUUGCACCUUCGGUUAUCGCCAUUUUGAAAGACUUUUGAGUCCUCAUCGACGGGAAGCUGAUUAUUCUAUGUCUGUAUAUCUGUUGGGGGGGGGGGGGGAGUUUCCCCCCUUCCCCCCAGAACCUGUGUGAGCAGGCACCGUAAAGAGAUUAUGUAAAGAGACUAUUGGUUGUGAGAAACAACGUUUAAGUUCCGACCAGAGGAAAAGGCCGGAAGAAGACGAAACUGGAAGACGUUCGUUGGAUUGGAAGAUUUGUGUUCCGACACGAGGAAGGCAGAUAAUAAUAAUAAUAAUAGUGAAUAAGGACAACAACAACAACAACAACAACAACAGGACAAGUGCACCAACAGAGAGAGAAAAGGAAGAAUUUUAACCAAACUUCUCUGAAUCUUCCCGUGGAUAAUAUGAUGUUGCUUUCUCUCGUUAUUGUUGCCGUGGAAAUAACCAGUUUAACCGUGGCCUGUUUUUCUCUCUUGUGGCUCUAUCGUGUUUCUUCUCCAGCGUUUAAAAAAAAAAAAUCACACACAACAACAACAAAAACAACAAAAAACUCUGGACAAAGAAGGGGACAAAAUCAGUCUGUGCCCGCCCACCACACUUUUAAUCGUACCUGGGGUGGUUCUCCCCCCCGCCCCCCCACUCCCUCUCUCCCACAGUUUCUCUCACCAGACACAGAAGUGGGGGAGCAGGGGGGCGUUUGUCGUUUUGUAAAAACGUUGAAAUCAGGUGUUUGCACAAUUUGUGCGGCCCCCGCUCGUCUGGGACCGCCGUAAGUUAAAUCAGGAAAGUAUUGUUUUUAAGAGAUUGUUUUAGUAGAAAAGAAUAAUAAUAACCUUGUUCCGUAUGUUAUCAAACCCCCCCCCCCCCCCCCCCCAACCCUCGUCCUCCCCUGUACCUUUCAACCCGUUUCUCCUCGGUCCUCUCCUCCCCCUCUUUACCUCACCCGACCCCCUCAAGUGUUGUUAGAAAGUGCCCUUAAGCACUGGUCCCGGGUCAAGCGCUAUGUAGCUCAGGAUGGUUCUGGUUAGGGUUAGUUCAGGGAAAGCAGAUCCUAGACCAGCCCUGGAGGGCAGUCUCUGGAGCCCUCCCCUCUUCCCUCUCCUCUCGACACUUUAUCCUUUCCCAUCAAAUGGUGCAAUAGGACUUUUGUUUUUUUUUUCUUGGGGGGGGGGGGGGGGGGGGGGUAGGUUGUUCUGUUUUGUUUGGGGGGGGGGGGGCUUUGUGCCAUAGAUAUUAAAUCCAGUGCAGUCAGUCAGUGAGCGGAAUGAGCUGUUGUGAUACUAUCUUUAACUAUGGUAUAAAACAAAACAGGAAAAAAAAGAAGAAGAAAAAAAAAAAGAAUCACACAAUUAUUGUUCUUGUUGAAGAGAUAGAGAGUAUAACUUACUAAAAGUCAACGACAAUUUUUUGAAUAGCACUUUUUUGGGCUCUUUGCUUCCUCGGUGAAGAGUGGGGGGUAGUUAUUAUUAUUAUGGGUAUCCCUUUUAUUUCUCUGUAUACAGUUGGAUGUGUGAAAACAAAAAAAAAAUCUAUAUACCGGUAUUUCUAUAUAUGUGCAUUAAGGUCUGUGUCUGGGUGUGUGUGUAUGUUUUGGCACAUGCAGGUAGCGCGUUAACACAACCAACCUCCUUUUUCGUCUUUCUUUCACCACACAGCAACAUUAUCAAUAGUAUAUUUUUCAUCGUAUUCUACAUUCUAUAUUCUACUCUAGAGACAGUAUUUUUAUAGUCACCACGACUAUUUUGUCCGUCAUCUUGACUGUUAUCAAACCCAGUUGAUUCAGGAUAUAUACGAAAUAUAUAUUCAGGACGUACAAUAUAUAGAGAUAUAUAUAUAUAUAUAUAUAUAAAUAACACAGGUAAUGGAAGACUAUCAACUCAAAUCUCUUUGGGGUUAGGGCUGUAGAGUGUCCCUCUGCAUGCAUGUGCGAUCACAUGCGCGCGUGCGCACACCCACACAGACACGUGCACACACACACACAUGUAUGCGUGUACACUGUAUGAUUGUGCUUAAAAAUAAACUGUCCUUUACUUUGGAGAAGGAAAAUUUUAAGGAUGAGAGAGGUGAGUGUUAUCUCAUAAGCAGGCAUGUUGACCAUGUGCAAUAUUUCUAAACGACAACGACAACAACAAAAAAUAAAUAUUGAAAAUAUUAAAGAUCUAACACAAUG